AUGGAUGAUAAAGUGAAUGAGGAGAAAACCUAUGGUGUCUGUGAAGGCCCUGAUGCCAUGUAUGUCAAAUUGAUAUCUUCUGACAGUCAUGAAUUUAUUGUAGAAAGAGAACAUGCAUCAACAUCAGGAACAAUAAAAGCCAUGUUGAGUGGCCCAGGUCAGUUUGCUGAGAAUGAAACCAAUGAGGUCAAUUUUAGAGAGAUCCCUUCACAUGUGCUAUCAAAAGUACACAUGUAUUUUAUCUACAGGGUUCACUACACUAACAGCUCCACAGAGAUUCCUGAAUUCUCAGUUGCACCUGAAAUUGCACUGGAACUGCUGAUAGCUGCGAACUUCCUAGAUGGUUAAAUAAAAUAAAUUAUAAUAAACUGUUAAUUUUUUCAGUAUUUAAUACCUGUAGUUCAGUUAGUAACUUUUUCAUAUAUAGCAUGUUG